AUGAAUGGGGCAUCAAUCUCGUGUGGCUGUUGCUUCAAUAGGAUCCAUGGCACUAUGGGUGGAUUGCUAGUAGCUGGAUUUAUGUUGAAAACAGUCGGAUGGCGUUUAUUAGCAGCAGCAGGAGCCUUGUAUGCCAGUGCGUAUCUAUAUGAAAGACUCACAUGGACUAAUAAAGCAAAAGAAAGAGCCUUCAAGAAACAAUACGUUCAACAUGCUACCAGAAAACUUAGGCUUAUCGUGGAUCUUACUUCGGCCAAUUGCAGUCAUCAAGUUCAACAAGAAUUAUCAAGUACGUUUGCUAGACUUUGUCAUUUGGUUGACGAAGCAACUACAUCAAUGAAUAAAGAGCUUUGCUCGCUAGAACAACAAAUUUGCAGAUUGGAAUCACACAGUUCAGAAGCUAAGGUGCUUCGUAAUAAAGCAAAUUAUAUAAUGAAUGAAUUAGAUUUGUUUGAAGGUAGUUUUCUUAAAAUGUGAUAGGCAAUCAUAACGGCAGCUGGACUUAAGAGCCUCAUCACAUUGGAGAUUUCUAUACUAGGAAAUAUAUAAUUUACGAACAAACAAUUUAUAAUAAAAGCUAGUGAAAAGGUAGUGCACAUGUAAACACUUUAAAGUGAUUUUUGUAUAUAUAUGCUUUAUAAUGUUUGAUCAUAUUUACAUACUAUAGUAUUUCACAUUUAA